AUGCGCCUCGCUAUCCUGUGGCUGUGCUCCGGCUGCCUUCUGCUGGGUAUUCCGCCUGGGAUGUGGUCCUGGGUGCGAGCACAGGCCACUGGUCGAGAUCUGCUCCUCGCGCGGAUGGGCAAUCCGCAGCAGGAGCUCAACACCAGACGCCUGGCGAAUGCCUCAAGUUAUCUGACCAGGAACUACAUUGCGGACAGGAUCAACACGCUGGUCGUGCGACAGAGCUGUGUGGAGUGUUCCGACGAGCUGACCCACCGCCAGCGACAGCUGGUCGACCAGAUCCUGGCCAGCCUCGCGCCGGACCUCAGUGUGCUGCUGCACAAGAGCACUGCGGAGGAGAUCAUCUGGGAGUACACACUGCUGGUGGCCAACAACCACAACACUUUCAGGGGUCAGGGCCUCAGCUUUCCCGACGAGCUGCUGGAGCGCGAGUUCUUCUGCAUCGUGGUGGUGUCGGAGAUCCAGAGUCGCCAGUUUGUCAAGCAGACCGUUGAAUCGAUUGUGCGAUACAAUCUGCAGACGCAGUUCGUCAACGUGGUGGUGCUGGCUCAGCUGGAGGACGGCACGGUGGCCACCUACAGCUACAAGAUCUUCAAGGGCAACUGCAGGCCGGGCAUUACGGUGCGGCAAAUCAAUCACUUCGACAGGAUCACCGGGGAGCCGCAACAGCACAUGCAGGACCUGUAUCCCGUGCGGAAUGGCCACUUGGGCGACUGCCCGGUCAACGUGAGCGCCACCCACCUGCCGCCCCACCUGAUCUACAAGCGGUACAGCGAGCACCCGCCUCCACCCGGCAACGAGUCCAUUCCGGCUGAGGAUCUGUCCGGCAUCGACUGGGAUAUGCUGCAGCUGCUGGCCAAGGUGCUGCGGUUCCGCAUCCAGCUCUUUAUGCCCCAGGAACCCAGCCAGAUCUUCGGCGAGGGCAACGUUACCGGCUGCUUCAAGCAGCUGGCAGAUGGCGUCGUGUCCAUAGCCAUUGGUGGCUUGAGUGGCUCGGACAAGCGGCGAUCGCUGUUCUCCAAGUCCACCGUGUACCACCAGAGCCACUUCGUGAUGGUGGUGCGCAGGGAUCGGUACUUGGGGCGCUUUGGCCCGCUGUUCCUGCCGUUUCGCGGCAAAGUGUGGGGCGUGAUCAUCGCGAUGCUGCUGCUGGCCGUGCUGAGCACCUGUGCGCUGAGAUCCCGUCUGCGUCUGCGGCAUCCCAUGGAGAAUCUCUUUGUGGUGAUUGUGGGCAAUCCCAUACCCGAGCAACGGCUGCCCACCAGGGGAUUCCUGCGCUACUUGGUCGCCAGCUGGAUGCUACUCACCCUGGUGCUGCGGUGUGCCUACCAGGCGCGACUCUUCGACGUUCUCCGCCUCUCGCGGCACCGCCCGCUGCCGGAGGAUCUCAGUGGCCUGAUCAGGGACAACUACACCAUGGUGGCGAAUGGGUAUCAUGACUUCUAUCCGUUGGAACUCACCAGCCGCCAGCCUCUGGACUUUGCGGCCCGAUUCGAGCGGGUUCAGAGGGCGGCUCCGGGCGAGAGGCUGACCACCAUCUCGCUGAUGAGCAACCUGGCCUUCUGGAACCACCAGCACCGGAACAUCAGCUGUCUGACCUUCGUGCGCCAGCCCAUCUACAUGUACCACCUGGUCAUCUACUUUCCCAAGAGAUACUUCCUGCGGCCAGCCGUCGACCGGAAGAUCAAACAGCUGCUGAGCGCCGGUGUGUUGGCCCACAUCGAGCGGAGGUACAUGCAGUUCGAGGGCAACCAGAAUGUGGCUUCUAAUGACCCCAUUCUCCUGCGGCGGAUCACCAAGCGAAUAAUGAACGGGGCGUACCGCAUCCACGCACUGGUGCUUGUCGUGGCCACCGGGACCUUCGUCCUGGAGUUUCUGGCGCGGCGCGGAAAUGGCCGACUCAGACGCUGGAUGGAGUGGAUGCAUCAGCCGUAG